UAGAGGGAUAGGUCAUUGCACAGCUGGCAGCUGGCUUUCUACCAUGCAGGGGUCGCCCCACAGGCUCUCCACUGUGAACAUCGUCAGCAACGUCCUCCAUGGCCGCAGAUGGUCCACUACCUCCGCUGUCAUCCAUCUCCAGAAAAGGCGCAACUCAGCCAUCGAGGUCCUGUCAUCGUCCAGUCACAGAGUCAUGGUGGCCAUGUCUUGUGUUAGCACUGGAGAUGUGAGUGCCAACAUCCUGCAGAUAAAGAGAAGUGGCAGACGUCCAACUUCAAAAUACACCAAAGUGGGAGAGCGCUUAAGGCAUGUCAUCCCGGGUCACAUGCAGUGUUCCAUGACGUGUGGUGGUCGCGCUUGUAAAUAUGAAAACCCGGCCAGAUGGAGCGAUGAGGAGCAAGCUAUAAAGGGACUUUAUUCUUCCUGGAUUACAGAUAACAUACUUGCAAUGGCGAGACCCUCAACAGAAAUUAUUGAGAAAUAUAAUAUUAUCGAGCAGUUCCAGAGCUGUGGAAUAAAAACAGUCAUUAACCUGCAGCGUCCUGGGGAGCAUGCAAGCUGCGGGAAUCCUUUAGAGCAAGAAAGUGGGUUCACGUAUCUUCCAGAGGCCUUUAUGGAAGCUGAAAUUUAUUUUUACAAUUUUGGAUGGAAAGACUACGGUGUUGCUUCCCUGACCACAAUUUUGGAUAUGGUGAAAGUUAUGUCAUUUGCCUUACAAGAGGGAAAAGUAGCAAUUCACUGCCACGCCGGCCUAGGACGCACAGGGGUGCUAAUUGCAUGUUAUUUAAUUUAUGCCACAAGAAUGACUGCAGAUCAAGCUAUCCUCUUUGUCCGUGCGAAGAGACACAACGCUAUUCAGACCAGGGUCCAACUCUUGUGUAUCCGUGAGUUUACUCAGUUCCUGAACCCUCUGCACAAUGUGUUCGCUUGCUGUGACCCAAAAGCCCAUGCCGUCACUUUAUCGCAGUACUUGAUCCGCCAGCAGCACUUACUUCACGGAUACGAAGCGCGCCAUCUCAAAUAUGUGCCAAAAAUUGUCCACUUAGUUUGUCGAAUAUUAAUAGACUUAGUGGAAAACAGGCAGGUGGUGGAAAAGGAGAUCCUAGAUGUUCCAGAUCUCUCUGCCGAGAUCGAGAAGACAGUUUCUCAGUUUUCCACUGUGCAGCUUGAUAAAGUUUUAGCCAGUGAAAUUGAAACCGGGGAUUUGUUAGCCCAUUCUGUUACAACCCCUGCUUGUUAUGUAGUUCAUGAUUCAGUAUUAACCAGUGAACAGGAAUUUGACCCCUUGUGGAAGAGGAGGAACGUAGAGUGUCUUCAGCCAUUGUCCCAUCUGAAGAAGCGUUUGAGUUACAGUGACUCGGACCUGAAGAAGGCUGAAAUUCUCCUAGAGCAAGGUGAAACUCCAUGGACAGAGCCGGCAGAGAUGUCUUUUUUGAGCAAAAUCAACGAGCAUAUAAGGAUAAAGCACUGUUUUGAAAAUGAGGUCACAGAUCUUAUACCUUCAGCACGGUCAAGCAAAGAACCUUGUGCAAAAGCAGCUUUUUUUUUCUGGAGCCAAAGUAAAGUCGGUAGCAUUGAGGCUCCCAGAGAUGGUUCACCUCUCUUUCAUAGGGUGAAGCUCCCUAAAGAGAUGCAGCGAAGUCAUACUUUUUCAUUAGGAUAUUCCUCACUACCAGGCAGCGGCCUAUCAGCAUUAGGAGCCAAAGAAUUUUUAAUGCCAAGUGUGACUCCUCGGGACUCUGCUGAUUGUAAUUGUGCUGCUGAGGACAAUAAAGUACAUCCAGAUAACAGCAUCUCCAAACCUCAGGACACUAACUGCACUUCAUCCAAAGUGACUUUUUAUCUUGAAUGUAGUGAGACACCAGAAGUUGUCUCACAGAUUGUUCUGGAGUCUGAAUUAAGCCUUGAUGACAGACGCUUGCUGGUAGCUAAAGCUUUGGCGUGUUUGACCUAUGAUGGUGCUGAAGAGGUUGAUGAAAAAGUCAGCUUGUGGCAGAAAGAGCUAAACUCCCGAGAAGCAGCGUGGGAUCGCAUCUGCACAGAGAGAAAUCCCUCUGUGUUGAGUCAUUUAAUGUGGUCCUGGCUUGAGCAGCUUAAAGAACCGGCUAUCAGGAAAGAGGAUGUCCAUUUGUUAGCGAGUUAUGGUAGUGACCUGGAGAGCGCCUUCUACCUGCUCGAAAAGGGUCAGCAUCAAACAAUCUUGUGCAUUUUGCAGUGUGUGAGUAACCUUCGACCAAUCCCUGCAGACAUAGAAGACGCUAUACUGGAAAGAACGAUUGCAGCGUUUACAGUGGUUGAGAAAGGUUCUAAGGAAGGCCCUGUGGUUUUCAACACUCUGAAACCGAUCUUUCAGCACAUCUUGACGACUAUCCGAAAGUAGAUGUGACAAGACCUGGGCAGCCCUGGAGCUCGCAGACCUGGCCUUGCAAUUUGUUUAAAUUCUGUGAGCCUCGUCAUGCGCGUUUCCUGUGAGGUUUGUGUUUAAGUGUUGGCUACACAAAGGGCUUCAAAUACAAAGAAUGUAGAAACUUCGAGGUGACUUGAUAUUCAGCGAACUCUUUUGUAAUUAUUACUUGUCUCUAAAAAAAGCCUUGUUCACUGUGUUUU